CGAUCGCUGAGGGCCGUCUCUCACGAGGCGAUCGUCGCGGAAACGGGCCACCCGGACUCGCUGUAUGGCCUGAUGGGCGUCGCUGAGGCCCGGAGCCCGCCUCGGCAGGCUCGUGUCCCUGGGCGCGGGGCCUUCGUCGAGGGACAAGGCCAUGGUCCAGCUGAGGCAGUUCCCCGUGGCCGCCACGCUGAUGCGCCGGGUGCUCAAGAGCAGCGAGAAGAGGCUGCAGCCCGACCUCGAGGAGAUCCUCGCCGAGGACGACUGGGGGAUGUCGACGGCAGAGGUGCGCGGGGAGAGGGCCGACUUGGCGCGAGAGGCCGCCGGCGGGCUGGCGCGCGUCCUGGAGCUUCAGGGCCGGGCGGAGGAGGCGGAGGCCAUGCGGGCCAGGCUGCAGGCGCUUCAGCGCCGCAGCUGGAACCAGUGGGCACAGGACGUCGCAGAGCAGGCAACCGAGGCCGCCUGGGAGCACGGCCUGGUGGGCGCGGUUCCGGAUUUGAUCGCCCUGCUCCUGCCGCAGCGGGCGGCGCGGCUGUGGCCGCGGCGCGCCCCUCGCUUCUUAAGACGGUUGGAGAUAAUCGCGUUCGGCGGGAGUGGCGAGACGCUGUGGUCGUCGCUGUGUGCCGUCUACCUCGUGGUGACCAUCAGCACCUGCUUGACGAUCUUGGCCAUGACCAUUGCGAGAGCUUCGUCGGCUACGCUGGAGGUCCUGGCAUCCUCGUCGAAGUGAGGGGCGGGUUGCUCGCUGCUUUCACCCUAGAUGUAGGUGCUGGUGUUGCGCCAUCUCAUGCUGAGAGUCGUCUGCGUGGUACCCUCCCGCCCCUCGCUCCCCCCGGCCCCUCCUCGCCUCCGCCGCCCCUCCCCGACACGACGGAGCCGCCGGCGCGCAAGAGUUCUUUCGUCCGUGCCAACUGCCUCCACGGGCGCGGUCCCGCACCCGUCCGCCCCCCCUCGACGAACGAACAACACACACCCAUACCCACAGGGAGGUCGUUGUGCGGGUUGUCGGACCCUGGGGAACGCUCCCGUUCGAGCGGGGACCCCUAUCCGACAACACGCACCCAUAGCCCUCUCCGAUCCCCCUAUGGGUAUGGGGGUGUGUUGUCGGUUCGUCACCCCUCUCCAAGAGAGACCGCGCCCUGGCCAAGCUGCCCCGCCUGCACCGCUGGCCGCGGCGACGGGCGAAA